AUGCCAGUGCACUGCACAUCUUUGUGGUUCUUCUAUGCGUUGAAGAAGGUGGUUCUGGUAAUGACUAUUGCGGGUCUUUCUCAACUCGAUGCGAAGCAAUCGGGAAAAAUGGGAUCGCUAGCUAUUACAUAUUACGUACUCACCACUGUAAUCGCCGUCAUUACCGGAAUUAUCCUAGUGCUGACAAUUCACCCUGGCGAUCCAAGCAUUAAACAGGACCUCGGAGAAGGAACGGAGGGGAAGAAAGUCAGCACACUUGACACUUUACUGGAUUUGUUAAGGAACAUGUUCCCCGAAAAUAUUGUGGCAGCAACAUUCCAGCAAGCACAGACCAAAUACGUUACAAUACGACCAAAAAUUUUGAAAGUCAACGACUCGCUUCAUCUCGAAAUGCUCAACAAUGGCACUCUUGACUACGUUAAGGCUGCACUGGAGUACAAUGAUGGCAUCAACGUUCUUGGAAUUAUUGUAUUCUGCAUUGCCCUUGGUAUCUCCUUGUCACAGCUCGGAGCCGAGGCUGAUGUUAUGAUCCAGUUCUUCGCAAUCAUGGACAAAGUGAUUAUGAAGUUGGUGAUGACGGUGAUGUGGUACUCUCCUUUUGGCAUUAUGUGCUUGAUUAUGGGAAAAAUCCUCGAGAUUCAUGAUUUGGCAGAUACAGCGAGAAUGCUCGCAAUGUAUAUGGUGACGGUUCUUACGGGAUUAGCAGUGCACUCACUUAUUUCACUCCCACUUUUAUUCUUCCUUUCGACGAAGAAGAACCCAUUCGCCUUCAUGCGGGGGCUUCUUCAAGCGUGGAUCACGGCACUGGGAACUGCUUCUAGCUCAGCAACUCUUCCUAUCACUUACAACUGCUUGGAAGAAAAUUUAGGAGUAGACCGAAGAGUCACACGCUUCGUACUUCCAGUCGGUGCUACCAUUAACAUGGAUGGAACAGCACUGUAUGAAGCUGUUGCUGCUAUCUUCAUAGCUCAAAUGAAUGGAGUAAACCUCUCCUUUGGACAAGUGGUAACCGUUAGUCUCACUGCCACACUUGCUUCUAUUGGAGCGGCAUCGGUACCUUCAGCAGGCCUGGUAACGAUGCUUCUGGUGCUGACAGCAGUUGGAUUACCCGUGAAAGACGUUUCCUUAAUCGUCGCAGUCGACUGGUUGUUAGAUCGUAUUCGCACCUCAAUCAACGUGCUGGGAGAUGCGUUCGGUGCCGGCAUAGUCUACCAUUUCGUCAAGGAAGACCUGAUCGCACACGAUCGUCUUCAUCCAAUGCGCACCUUAUCAAUGGCAAUGCCCCAGCAAGGUUAUAUCCCGGAACAGAGCAAAGAACUGCCUGAGGACAAACAACCAUUACAUGGGCUCUACACAAGUGUCCCACAAGAUGAUAAACGACACUAA